CUCCGCGCUCCAUCGAUGUGCUCUGGCGGCGGCUGGCGGCGCCUGUCGGUGCCGGGCGCAGGUGCCGGACGCGAUCGCGACGGCGGCGGGCGAUAAAACCAGCUCAGAUUUCAGUAACUGAAUAGACAUCAUGUCUCGAGCACGGCAGCCCCCACUUGUAACUGGCAUCUCUCCCAAUGAAGGCAUCUCAUGGACAAAAGUGACAAUAAGAGGAGAAAAUUUGGGGACUGGGCCUACAGACCUCAUAGGUUUAACAAUCUGUGGACACAACUGUCUGCUAACUGCUGAAUGGAUGUCUGCCAGUAAAAUUGUGUGUCGAGUUGGACAGGCUAAAAAUGACAAGGGAGACAUUAUUGUUACUACAAAGUCUGGUGGCAAAGGAACUUCAACUGUUUCCUUCAAACUGCUUAAACCUGAGAAAAUAGGUAUCUUGGAUCAGUCUGCUGUCUGGGUGGAUGAAAUGAACUAUUAUGACAUGCGCACUGACAGGAACAAAGGGAUUCCCCCCUUGUCCCUACGUCCAGCUAAUCCUCUUGGUAUUGAGAUAGACAAGGGCAGAUUUCCUCAAAAAGAUUUGGAGUCACUGUUUCCUGGGAUGAGUGCUGAUUUCACAAGUGAAAACUUUUCUGCUGCCUGGUACCUGAUUGAGAAUCACUCAACAACAAGUUUUGAUCAGCUCAAAACGGCUGUUGUGAAUUUGAAGAAACAAGCCAAUAAGAAAAAUGAGGGGAGUCUAGCUUAUGUGAAAGGAGGUCUCAGCACAUUUUUUGAAGCACAAGAUGCGCUGUCAGCAAUCCAUCAAAAACUGGAAGCAGAUGGAACGGAAAAAGUAGAAGGAUCCAUGACGCAAAAACUGGAGAAUGUACUGAACAGAGCCAGUAACACAGCAGAUACCUUAUUUCAAGAAGUGCUGGGUCGCAAGGACAAAGCUGAUUCAACGAGAAACGCGCUUAAUGUUCUUCAGCGUUUUAAAUUUCUUUUCAAUCUUCCCUUAAAUAUUGAAAGAAAUAUCCAGAAGGGCGAUUAUGAUGUGGUUAUUAAUGACUAUGAAAAAGCCAAGUCCCUCUUUGGAAAGACAGAGGUUCAAGUAUUCAAAAAAUAUUAUGCAGAAGUUGAAACCAGAAUUGAAGCUUUACGAGAACUUUUGUUGGAUAAGCUGCUUGAAACUCCAUCAACAUUGCAUGAUCAGAAACGUUAUAUAAGAUAUCUUUCUGAUCUUCAUGCGCCUGGGGACCCGGCUUGGCAGUGCAUUGGUGCUCAACAUCAGUGGAUUCUGCAGCUCAUGCACAACUGUAAAGAGAGCUAUGUUAAAGAACAAAAAGGCAAUUCAUUGCUCCACAGCCCCAUGUUAGACCUGGAAAGUGAUGUGCGUCCACCACCAAUUGGCCAUCUCAGUCAAACUGCUUCACUGAAAAGGGGCAGCAGCUUUCAGUCUGGCCGUGAUGAUGCUUGGCGAUACAAAGCUCCUCAGCAAGUUAUAUUUGUUGAGAAGUUGACAAAACUCGUUGUAAGUCAGCUGCCCAACUUCUGGAAGCUCUGGAUUUCUUACGUGAAUGGAAGUUUAUUCAGUGAGACUGCUGAAAAAUCUGGCCAAAUGGAAAGAUCAAAGAAAAACGCUAGGCAAAGACAAAAUGAUUUCAAGAAAAUGAUUCAGGAAGUGAUGCACUCUCUGGUAAAACUUAUCCGUGGAGCCUUGCUUCCAUUCAGCCUCAGAGAAGGAGAAUUAAGACAGUAUGGUGGCUGGGAGAUGAAAUCUGAACUUUCUGGCCAGUGGCUAACACAUGUCAUCCAAACUGUAAGGCUUAGUUCUGAGAGUCUUACUGCACUCGAGAUACCCAAUGAUAUGCUUCAGAUCAUCCAAGAUCUUAUUUUGGACCUUCGUGUACGCUGCAUUAUAGUGACCUUACAACACACAGCGGAAGAUAUAAAGAGAUUAGCUGAAAAGGAAGACUGGGUUGUUGACAAUGAAGGUUUGACAUCAUUGCCAUCCCAGUUUGAACAGUGCAUUAUUCAUUCCUUGCAAUCUCUUAAAACCGUGCUGGACUGCAAACCUGGAGAGGCAAGCGUUUUCCAGCAGCAGAAGACACAGGAGGAUGUGUGCCAGCUAAGCAUUGGGAUCAUGCAGGUCUUUAUAGACUGUUUGGAACAACUGAGCACCAAACCUGAUGGCGACAUAGAUACAUCACAUCUUUCAGUUGAUGUUUCAUCUCCAGAUUUGUUUGGAAGCAUUCAUGAAGACUCAAGUCUUUCUUCAGAACAGAGGCUUUUAAUUGCACUCAGUAACUGCCGUUACCUGGAACGUCAUACCUUCCUAAAUAUAGCUGAACAUUUUGAGAAACAUGGCUUUCAAGGUGUUGAUAAAAUAACUCAAGUUAGUAUGGAGUCCUUGAAAGAGCUGGAUCAAAGACUGUUUGAAAUGUACAUUGAAUUCAAGGCAGAUCCAAUAGUAGGGUCAUUAGAACCUGGCAUUUAUGCAGGAUAUUUUGAUUGGAAAGAUUGUCUUGUUCCAACAGGUGUCAGAAACUAUUUGAAAGAAGCAUUAGUGAAUAUCAUUGCUGUGCAUGCAGAGGUGUUUACCAUUUCCAAAGACUUAGUUCCUCGAGUAAUGUCAAGGGUUGUAGAAGCAGUCUCUGAGGAACUGAGCCGACUGAUGCAGUGUGUUUCAUCCUUCAGCAAAAAUGGAGCUUUACAGGCGAAACUUGAAAUCUGUGCAUUGAGAGAUACCGUGGCCAUAUACCUAACACCUGAAAGCAAAUCAAGCUUUAAGCAAGCUUUGGAAGCCUUACCUCAGCUCUCAAGUGGGACUGACAGAAAGCAGAUUUUUGCCAUCCAGAACAAAGGAAACACUUCUGAAGUAACAGCAUGUUUCCCUGCUCUAUUGGUAAGCAGUGAGAUGCAGAUAGAAUAGGACCCUAAAAACUAGCUGUAAUACUGUACAGAGCAUGAGGCUGGAAAAAAUAAAAAAGGUAAACAUAAUUAUAGGUUAUUCUGAUUCUAUUUUAGUUAAAAAUAUUCUUAUAUAUGUUCAGAAAAAACAAAGAAACCAAGAAUAAGAAUUGAUUGUUGAUAUAAAGGAAGGUGUAAUGGCAAAUAAUGUUUAAAAAAAAUAACAACAGAAGAAUUUCAUGGAGCUCUUUGACUGCUGAGCCUACUAAAAGACAUGCAGAAAGUCCCUUACUUGCAAAAGUCUAACACUUAGCUGUGCAAAGCCCUCGGAAAUGUAUCAUAAAGUUAUUCACACAUUCAACUCCUUUUUAAAAUUGAAUGUACCAAAAUUCAACUCCUUCUUAACAUUGAAUGUACUGAUAAGACAUUCUCUGUUUCUAAUCCAAGAGAAGGUAGAAGAUAGCGGUUUCCUAGAUACAAUUUUUGUCUUGUGAAGAAGGAAACAUCAAGAAUCUUUUACCAUGGUUACACACAAUCUUAAGAGACAGUGCUACACACGGGAUUUAUGCUUUCAAACCUGCUGCCAGAUCGUAUUUAAGUCCACUCCAGCCAACAUUGUUGGACAUGUCCAGCUAAAAUACUCUUGAAACACUGUGUUUUUCCUGAGGAUAUUAAGUAGUAUGAUAUUGAUUGUACCAGUGGAUGCAAAUACUGAUCUUUGUGUCCAAGCAGGUGUCUGGACUCAUAGCAAUGAGGGGGUUUACAUGUUCUACACACCAUAAACGUAACUGCUAUUUUGUUUUUUCAUUCAAUAAUAUCUAUAAAAGUUAGAAGGAAAAGAUCCUUAACCUUAUCAGAACAUGUUGAAACUGAAAAUUGGAUGCAGUGCUACUGCUGAAGCCAGAGAUUCAGCAUUCAUAUCUGGAUCUUUAACACUGUCAAGCUUUGGCUCUCUGGAUCAAGUUAAUCAGGUGCAUCUUAUCUAGGGACAGAAAGAGGGACCCCUGAGGGUAUAUAGCAUCUGCAAUCUGUUUGUGGUUGUUAGGAAUUGCAUGGCACUUAAAAUUUUAGCAUCAGUCAGGAGUUACUAAUAGAGUCUGAGUACUGUCAAAACAGGCAACAGCAUAUGCAUUAUUUAACUACUAAGACACAAAUAUGAUUUGAAUUAGUUAGAUUCCAGUAGGCUGAAAUAUUUGGGAAUUCGUUAAAUUCGAUGACAGACUUCAAAUAGAACUUUGGCCUUUUGGCAUUUCUGGUCUAGCCUUCUAACUGUAGGAGUUCUGGGUGAUUACCCUCAUCUGAAAAUAAAAAUAAUUGUAACUUGUAAAUUCAUUUAAAAGAUUUUUAGGAGAGAAUCUGGUGUGUUUACAGUUCAAAGAUGAAAAAAUAAAUAACAAAAAAAUCCUGCUUGAACUUUAUCCUUAGUUAUAUUCCAGCCUGUCUGUAUAGUGAUAAAGCAAUGGUUCAGUUUACCUGCUAUGUCCUCAUUAGCAGUUCUAUUCUUCUGUGUCAAAUGUUAGUAUGAAGUGUGCAUACAUUAGGUUGGUUGUAGUUAGGACUGCUUCUGCAGUGUUAACACAGGUCACUGUUUCUUUCAGCAUUCUUAAAGCCAUGAAAAAAGCUGGAUGGUUAAUUAUAGGCAAAAUUAAUUUUGCACAAGCUGUGUUACGUGUUAAGGGUAUUUUGGCUUCAUGUGGUUGACAGCCUGUUUUCUGACUUUACAUCACUUACUAGAGUUUUUUUGGCAUGAAAUCAAAGGGAAAACUGGGAGUAACAGGGAACACAGUUUUCAUAAGGGAACACAACAACCAUUUCUGUCUUCACCUUUUUAAAGUUCUGUUUUUAUAUAAUGCUGACAAGGGUUAAAAAGGAGAUUUGGGCAAUUCAGCUCCAUUUCUCUUGUGCUGUUUGAGCUACAGAGCUCUAAACGCUUGUCUUUAAUAAAGGUAUUAAGAGAGCAUGUCCAAAA